GGAGGAGGAGAAAGGGGAGGAGUAAACAGUCAGAUGGACUCCACAGCACUGGGAUGCUGUUGCUGGCAUUAAAAAGGAGCUGCAUGACAAAGAUGUGUCAUCGAUAAAGUGUGAAAAGGGGAAUACAAAUGACAGCAAUGACAAAUUAUUGCCACAAAGGAGAAGACAAUAUCUGUUAAGGGUCUGUUGCACAGUGUGGAGAUGUACGCCUUCUACUCCCUUUUAAUCUACAUCUUCUACACUGUCUUCAAGAAGGAGGAGGAGGAAGCCUUGGAGGCAUCAUGUGGAGCCUCCACAGAUGAGCCAAGACCUGUUUCCAUGGAAACAGGGAGAAGAGAGAAUAAUGGCCACACCCCCAAAAUGAGAAAGAAGGCCUGUGCUAGGCUUAGUGACUCAAGCAGUAGUAGUGACAGUGAUGACACGUCCUUGAGUGAUGAAGAUGAACAAGAUGGCUUCGACAUCCCUGCUUGCACUCCUCUGGCAGCAUUUUUAUCUUUUAAACAAGAGUCUGACAAGACAAGGAACUCGCAGGGGCAACUGGAGGCAGCAGGAAAGUUGGGAGAGUCCCCCUUGAUGGCCGUCAUGUCCCACCUGCUGAGCUUCCUGGAGCAAUACUCCCAUUUCCAGCAGCUGCAGCAGCAGGCUGAGAAGUACCGCGUCCAGCUCAAGAGGCACCGGGUUCAGCACCGCCAACAGAUGAAGGCACUGCGGACCUCCUACCGUCAGCGCCUCAAGGACAAGAAGAGCAUCAUUUGUAACCUGGAGGAAGCCGUCAGCCAGCAGCUGAGCCCGCAGAGUGACGGCCAGAGCGGCCACGACGCCGGAGCUCAAGCGGGAGUUCACAGCCUGGUGGAGUCUCUGUGCGGUCUGCAAGGGGAACGUAGCAAGCUCAGAGGAGAGCUGCGUCUUCUACGCUCACAGCUUGAACAGAAGGAUCGAGACCGACACUCACGUAUACUGGCUUUUCAGCAGCAGAUCGACGAGCUUAAAAGUGGAAUUGAAGAACGUGAGGAGGAGCUGUGCAGACUCAAAACUGCCACUGGCGCCACCGAUUCAGAAAAACGCGUGUUGUGUCUUUCGGCGGAGAACGAGACUCUCAAGCAGAGCCUGACUGUCACCCAAGGCCUCCUGCAGCAGCUUACCACCAUCCCCUCACAGUCCAGCACCAUGCUGAUCAACGAAAACGAGAGUCUGCGAAGCCGGGUUCAGCAGCUGGAGGUCACCCUGCAGCAGCGCGCUGAGCGGCUGUCGCAGCUGGAGCAGCAAAGCCAGCAGAGCGAGUGGAGGAGAGGGGAGGAGCUGAGAAGGCGAGAGGACAGAGUGAGGGAGCUUCAGCUGGAGUUGGACAGAGAGAGGGGCAAGGAGCCUGUGGUUAAGUAUAUCAACCAGACUGUUGAGGUGGAGUCCCCGGCCACCAUAAAGCAACUAGCCAAAUCCAUGCAGAGGAAUGAGCUGCUGUCCGAGAAGUUGUCCAACCAAAAUGAGCGUUGUAAACAGCUGGAGGAGCAAAUCCGAAAGUCGGAUGAAUACAGCUGUAAUCUGCAGCACAAGAUUGCAUCUUAUGAGCGGGAAAUUGGACAGCUGAGAGAGGAGCUGUUGAAGGAGAUUGGCCACUUGGAGGAGAGGAAGGAGGAGGCAGUGAGGGCGGCUGCAAACUGCUCAGCAGAACACUUUCAGGACCUGCAGCACCAGUUCUUUGGUUUACAGAAGCGUCUGACUGCGCUCCCCCCGACUCUGCGCUGCAUGAAAACAGACUAUGCCAGCCUGCGGAGCCAAGUUCGUAACUUCUCUGAGUUUUACGGUAGUGCGAUCAAAGAGGCAAAGAAACAGGUUUCAGCAGCAAUCUCUGAGAUGUCAGAGGCCAACAAAGACCUUCUGGAGAAAUACAGGAAGGAGGUUGCACUGCGCAGGAAGUUGCAUGAGCAGCUUGUGGAACUAAAAGGCAACAUCCGUGUGCUGUGUCGCGUAAAGCCUGUGCUGAAAGAAGACCAGCACGAGGAGGGCCAAUCGGUGGUGGUUACCACAGACCCCGACAACGAGUCCUCUCUGAGCGUGCUGAAUAAAGGGAAAGGUCGCACCUUUGAGCUGGACAAGGUCUUCCAUCCUCACUCUGGCCAAGAAGAGGUCUUUCAAGAAAUUGAGCCUCUUGUGAUCUCGUGCAUCGAUGGCUACCAUGUUUGCAUAUUUGCAUAUGGACAGACUGGUUCCGGGAAAACAUACACAAUGGAGGGCAGUGUGGAGAAUCCCGGCAUCAACCAGAGGGCCCUGAAGCAUCUCUUUCAUGAAAUAGAGGAGCGGAAGGACAUGUGGUCUUAUACUGUCACUGUUAGCUCUGUGGAGAUCUACAACGAGGUGCUAAGAGAUCUAUUGAGUAAGGAUGGCGAGAAACUGGACAUCAAAAUGAACCCCGAUGGAACAGGACAGCUGCACGUGCCGGGCCUCAGGGUCAUCGAGGUUAAGAGCUUUCAGCAUAUCAAGAAGAUUUUAGCCAUGGCCCGCAGGAACAGGAUCACGUUCGGCACUCAAAUGAACGAGCACAGCUCUCGCUCUCAUGCUCUGCUCUGCAUCACCGUACAGGGCACAGACCUCGCCACCGGCUCCAAAACUACCGGUAAGUUGAACCUGGUUGACCUGGCAGGAUCGGAAAGGGUAUGGAAGUCUGGCGCAGAGGGCGAGAGGCUGAAGGAGGCCCAGAAUAUAAACCGCUCUCUGUUGGCCCUGGGGGACGUCAUUCAGGCCCUGAGAGCGCGACAGAUGCACAUCCCUUUCAGGAACUCUCGCCUGACAUACUUGUUGCAGGACUCGCUGGGUAAAGGCAGCAAGACGGCCAUGGUGGUGCAGGUGUCUGCUCUGGAGCGCAAUGUUGGUGAGACACUCUGCUCUCUGAAGUUUGCCCAGAGGGUGUGCAAAGUGGAGCUGGGCCCUGCAGCCAGGAAGAUCGAAUCUGGCGGCGGCCAGUGUGACUGAACCAGCAACUUCCCGUAGCCACACAAAACAGUUUCAACUCAUUAUUUGUUACCUUACAAUAGCAACCAAACAGCUAUCCUGCUCAAGGGCUAACUAAAUCUGUCCAGGUCAGACAUUGACACAGGCAAACAAGUGAGCACCCCUCGACGUCACCGAUUACGUACUUUCACACCACGUGCCAAAGCAACUUCUGCUUCCACCACGUCCGAUUCUAUGCUUCCUUGAGCCACUCUUGUUUCCCUUUCCUUUAGGAGAAAUAAAAAAAAUCUGGAUCUUCUCACCAAUCAUCAGCAUUUAGAGCAGCAGUAGCAUUUGGGUUUACAACUCCCACAAACACAACACGCCAUCUUGUGAUGUUUUGAUUGACAUUUUUCCAAUGUAGUAGUUACGCAUCGGCACUUAAUUCACAUAUUGACAGUAUGAUAGUUUCUGUGCUGUCUGACGGGAGUAACGCUUUGCUUCUCUUUAGAGCCUUAUUUUAUUUUAUUUGCCAUUUAACAAGGGCAACAGCAGUCAAGUAGGUGCAGGUGGCCUUGUAUUGUAGUGAGUAGUGCAAUAUGCGCCUGAGGAGAAAGUAUGGGCCUAUGUGGACAGUAAAAGCACUUUAUGGGUUAAAAAUAGGUUGCUGUUAUUUCAGACCAGACUACUGAGGUGCUGCCAAUAGAUAUCACGAGUGAAUGUCAUACCAAAAAAAAAGGAAAAAGUUUCAGUUGUGUUUUCAUCAUUGUUCCAGUGUAUCACCCUCUGAAUCAAAACUCAAAUUUGAUUCACUUGUAGCAAAGCAUCAGUGUAAUGAGCCAUAGUGGUCAAUUAUUCAUUAGAGCGAUAGUUUUCCUAAUAAACUUGAUAUAUAAGUAUUUCAAAAGUGCGUGGAUGCUGGAUGACCCAAUAAAACACAGGGAUUUCAAAAACAUAAA